UCCUCUAUCUGUAUCUGCCUCCCUCUCUAUCUCCGUGUUUUAUGUCUGCGUCACAACAAGUCGCUCGGAGAGAGACAGAGAGCGAGGGAGGAGGAUGAAGAUGGCGUCUCUGGCGGCUUGAUAUACGCCGGCGGUCGCUCAGAAUAAAACGGCGAAGGCAGUUCGGUAACGUUGAGCCAGCGGUGAAGAAGAAGGUGAUGAUGAGGAUGAGGAUGAUGAGGAGGAUGAUGCACUCGCAGCCUGGCCGCGAAUCGGCGUGACCCCCGACGGGAAGGAAGGAAGGAAGGAAGGACGGCAGGAAAUCGGACGGAAGGAGUUGGACUUUACAGAAGGCGAAGGGAAAAAGGAGGCGUUUAACCCCACUGACGACGUAACCAGCCAGGAGAAAGGAAAGCGGAAGAGGGGGUGGGGGUGGUGGUGGGGGGGGGGGGUGUAAACACCUUCCUUUUCCUCUUUCUCGUCUUCCUCCCGGCCAUAUCCUCUCGUCAUCCAAGUGUUGAGCGCAUAAAUCCCAUUUUCCGUUCGCACAUUUCUCCGUGUGUGUACGCGCGUGCGCGUGCGUGUGUGUGCGCUCGUGUGCGUGUGUCGGUGGACUAAGGAUGGGGAGAGUGAGCGAGGGGGACGAUGUACUGGCCAGAUGGAGCGAUGGGCUCCUCUACCUGGGCAACGUCAAGCGGGUAGACGGCGUCAAGCAAUGCUGCCUGGUCAGAUUCGAAGACAACUCUGAGUUCUGGGUCCUCAGAAAAGACAUCCACUCGUUUGCAGCAGGCGUGGAAGAAGUUUGCUGUAUCUGCGAGGCCCCGCCUCUUAAAGAACCCCUCGUAAAUUGUCUGAAAUGCCGCCACGGUUACCACGCCGAGUGCCACACGCCCAGCAUCGAGCCCGAAGCCGACAGCGAAUCCUGGAUAUGUCGCCAGUGCGUCUUUGCCGUCGCAACCAAGAGAGGCGGUGCCAUCAAACGAGGCCGCUUUGCCCGCCUGAUGCACUUCAUGAAACUGCGGCUGCCCUAUCAGCUGACCUCGCUGGACUGGGACCCGCAGCAUCUGUCCAAUCAGCAGCAGUGUUACUGCUACUGCGCCGGACCUGGAGAGUGGAACCUGAAGAUGCUUCAGUGUGCCAGCUGUGGCCAGUGGUUCCACGAGGCCUGCACCCAAUGUCUCACCAAGCCUCUCCUCUACGGGGACAGAUUUUAUCAGUUCCAGUGCUCAGUGUGUAAUAAAGGACCAGAAACCGUCAAAAGACUUCCCAUGACUUGGGUGGACUUGGCCCACUUGGUGCUCUACCACCUGUCCCUGUGCUGCAAGAGGAAGUACUUUGAUUUUGACCAUGAAAUCUUGUCCUUCACCAACGAGAACUGGGACUCGUUGCUCCUGGGCGCGCUCUCAGACACGCCGAGGCAAGAGCGAUGUCACAACCUCCUCAACGCACUCAACUCCCAAAAGGACCGGUUUGUCUCUGGGAAAGAAAUCAAAAAGAAGAAAUGUCUUUUUGGGCUUCAGGUUCGAGCCCCGCCUCCACUGUCGUCGGAUUCGUCACCCCUCAUCACCGAGCCGCCCAUCAACAUCUCCCACCGCAGAAGCCCGCUGUCACUGCCGUGCCAGAGGAGGCUGUCCGGACCCGAGUCACGCAAAUCAAAGCGCCGCAUCAUGGAGACGCAGGCGUGUCCGGCCCCGGUUUUGUCCAACCCCAUCGAGCUGCUGCCAUGUUGCCACGGCUACAUGGGAGGGGACAGCCUGUACGCCCCUGCCAAGCCCGAGGAGGAACUCCACCUGAGUUCUCCGCCGAAGCAGAUGUACGCACUCUACCACACGGCACUCUCCCGAGGUCUCCAUUCCUGCAACAGCAUGGACGAAAGCUGCCGAGUUGCCCCGCCCUGCUUCCCGUACCAGCUGACCUCGGGCCAGCACCUGCAACCGGGACAUAAGCAAGCGGAGGCCAUCCUGCUACACGACUUGCCGCCGUACCCGCAGGCAGACGCGCUGGGCGGGGGCGGCGACGGGACGGAAGACGGCCGGCUUCCCAGGAGUUGGAGCGGAGGCGAGGCGGUGAGAAUCCUGGCCAGACGCGUGACGCCGGACGGGAAGGUGCAGUACCUCGUGGAGUGGGACAACGUGGGCUUGUACUGAACUCCAGGCACUGAGUGAAAGGCACGAAAGAGGCAGAAAAGGCGGCAAAAAUGCAGCGGGUUGCUGCCGCUUGGGUCAGUCCUAUGUCCCCAAGCGUUCCUGGAAUGUUUGUACUCUUGCCUUUUGGAGAUCGAGGCUCCUUCAGCCCAGCCGCUGACGGCGCGCCAAGCGGGCAGCUCCACUUUCAAGCUUUACAAAACAGCUACAAAUAGGUCAAAAGCUGAUUCGUCCUUUCUUGUACAGUGGUGCCUUGAGCUAUGAGUUGAAUUUACGCUGUGGCGACGCCAUUGACACCAAACACUAUCUCAAACCAUCUUUCAGACUUGAAUCAGGUGCCAGCUGCCCCCCCGCCCCAACCCCAAAAAACCCAAUAACAAUUGUUGUCAUGUCCUCUUUAACGGUAAAAAAAUAACACUCUGUGAUAGUGUACUUUCUAAAAACAUGCUGUGAUGACAUCAUUUCAUAGAAUGGAAAGAACACCAGUUCAAGGUGUCCCCCGCCUCCUGCCCAUAGACUGCUGGGAUAGGCUCCAGCACCCCCGCGUGCGUCCCUCGUGAGGAUAAGCGUAUCAGAAAAUGGAUGGAUGGAUGGAUGGAAGAAUUCAACUGUUUUUGUUGCACUUUGGCAGUGUACAAAUAGAUAGAAAUUCUGAAAUAUUAGUCAUUCUUUGCAAAGGAUAAAGAAUAUAUGCCAGCGCAUAUUGCUAUUAUCUGUCUACAUGUAUUGCUUUAUAUAUAUUCAUUGCUUCAAGGUUGUUAAAACCACCACAUCAAUGCUAGUCGCUAGCCUCUCUAUGGCGUUUCCCAUUCUGUGUUUGCUUUCAGGCCACCAUUCUCCUUGCAUGCAGUCAUGUGGUUGUUUUAACAACAUGUUAUUCACUCUUUGCUUUUUGUUUCGUUUCACAGUCAAAGUCAAGUUUCUGCUCACACUUCAAAACCAAACCACACAAGUGUUCAUUAUUUUUGUUACGCCACCGUUUGUAUUCCAACAUCCAUUGGCCCAUCUAUGGCAUUUUGUAUUUGUUGUAAACAUAAAACUAACUAGACUCUUGAAAAGACACAUUAAAGGUUUUUGCUCAUGGCAAAGAAAAGAAAUGAAUGAAUACAACGAUGCGAACAACGGCUCAACCGGGUCACUCGUAUCUCAAGGCACCUCUGGGUGAUAUGGAGUCACCAGCACCAAGUUUUCAUGUCGGCCACAGGAGAGCUCAGCUCAGGCGGAGGGGGCUUGCAAUUUUCCACGGCGUCCGUCGGGAACACAAGUUUGACAAGUCGUAACUGGUGUAAAUGCGGGGGCUGUGACUCUCCAAUUUAAAAAAAAAAAAGAAUGGUUCGAUUUUUUUCCCGAUAAAUGCAUGCGAGUACACAGCGUCAGUGGGCAAUCAAGGCAACCACUUGAUAUUGUGAUUCAAAACAAUACUUCAGCAAAUUCGGAAUGACAUGUAGCCUAUAGACAUACCUGCGGAUGGAAUAUUGAAGCUGUAGCCUCGGUGGCCAAAAUCUACGAGAGUACGUCGUGCACGAUGUGCACCGAAUGGGGGCGAUAGAAUGUGAUUAACUGACCAACUCAAAAUAUACAUUAUUAGAUAAGCAAGAACAUGUUGAUUUCAGCACAUUACAAGGUGAAAUCUGUACAGACACGGUCAGUCCGGUUAAGUGGUGGCCCCAAGCCAUCGUUAAUGUUGAACCCGGUCGGCUUUUAUUUUGGAAAACACUGCUCAACAUUUUGACCGAUUUUCUGAUGAAUGUCAAAGACCAAACCAGUCAUUGAAUCACAAUCAAGUGAUGUUUGUGCCCUCUCUGCACUGUCAAUUUUAAAUCAUUUCUUGGUAUUGACUAAAAGGAUGAAAAUGUUUUACUUUUUAUCUGAUUCAUAGAUGAAUUGAGAAAAAUAAGAAAAUGAAAAGAUUAAUCGAUUCUUCAAAUUUUUGGCAGCCCUAAAAAAACUAAUUCAGCGAGAAAAAGGAAGUUGUUGACAUAUUUUUUCGCCGCUCAUCACACUAGUUCAUGCCGCACCAUUCCAGACCUCCAAAUUUCGUAAACUGAGGACCUGCCUGCUAAAAAUAAAACAAGUCACCUGGAGGUGGACAAAUAGUCCUCUCAUUGGAUUAUUUCCUGAAGAGAUUGUAGCUUGCUUAACUAAUAUUUGAUACAUUUUUUGUCAUACGUUUACAUUUAAUCCAACGUAUGUAUGUAUGUGUCUUUUAUUAUUAUUAUUAUAAUUACGCAGCCACAUUAUACUGCUGUUGUAUUUCUCCUGUAGUUGCAAAAUAGUUCUUUGGGUUGGACCAAUCAGAUCGCCUUGCGAUAUAAGACAAACAAACCUCUUGACAUUCCAAAUGGACAACAAAUAUUUGGGUUUUCAGGAAAUUACUUUGAUUUUUUUUUGACACUGCUGCAGUCCAUUUUGCAAAUUUGGUCAACAAAACGCUGAAAUCGGACGCAAAAGUGCUGUUGUUGAAGUUUCUGUUGCAAAACAGAUAAUUGGAAACUUCAGUAUUCAAUCAAGGACUGUCUUUUUGCAUGUCACAAAGGGAAGGGGGCAUUUUUUUUAUGCUAAAUUAUUUCAAUGUUUGUCAUGAGAAUAGAGUGGGUGAAAAGUUUCAGAGUUUCUAUUUUCUACGAAAGCACUGUGUUUGAUACGGCACAUGCAAUGAUUGUUUAUUUGAGUUUGGCAAGUUGCAUCAGAGGAGACAAACAAUGUAUAAGUUGUUUUCUGUUGUGCCAACGCAGGAGACUGCUUCACACUUUUCAGCCCCUGAAGUGAGUUUGUAGCUUUGUAUUAGGGACGCAAAAGGGGUGGGGGUUGCGAUGAUGUGUAAUGUACUUUAGCGUGUUUUCUAAUGCUAUGUUUGUACCUGUCAAGUGCUUGUUUUAGGUUGUUCUCUCAAAAGGAGGAGGGAGGGAAUAAAGACGCACAUCUUCCCGGA